AUCACUGUUUGUUUGUUCGUGUGCCAGCGAAAUAGCCUUGACAGAAGAGAUUUCCUGCCUUUUUUCUUCACAGAAAAUGGCGUUUGUCAAGGCGCUCAAGAACAAGGCGUACUUCAAGCGGUACCAGGUCAAGUACCGCAGAAGGCGACAGGGUAAGACUGACUACGCGGCCCGUCGUGCCUUGGUCCUCCAGGACCGCAACAAGUACAAUGCACACAAGCACCGCCUGGUGGUGCGGCUGACAAACAAGCGGAUCAUUUGCCAGGUAGUCUACUCCACCAUCGAGGGAGAUCGUGUCCUCGCCACCGCAGAGUCGACCGAGCUGCCUCGCUAUGGCGUCAAGAUCGGCCUGACCAACUAUGCGGCUGCCUACUGCACGGGGCUCCUCCUGGCCAGACGCGUGCUGAAGCAACUCGGCAUGUCUGAGACCUUCGAGGGGGUCGAGGCCACCGGGGAGGAGUACCACAUUGAGGAAAACUUCGGAGAACGUCGCCCGUUCAAGGUUCUCCUUGAUGUCGGCAUCGUCAGAACUACCGUCGGCAACCGCGUCUUCGGUGCGAUGAAGGGCGCUGCUGACGGCGGCCUGCAUGUUCCGCACGGUAUCAAGAAGUUCCCAGGCUACUCCAAACCCGAGGGCGAAGGCGAAGGCUCGUACGACCCUGAGGCCCACCGCGCCCGCAUUUUGGGUCUGCACGUGGCGGACUACAUGCGUCAGUUGAAGGAGGAAGACCCCGAGAAGUACAGCGCCCAGUUCUCUCAGUACAUCAAGAACAAGAUCGAGGCUGACGACAUCGAGGCCAUGUACAAGAACGCACAUGCGCAGAUCAGGAAGAACCCCGACGCGGUCAAGAAGGAGAGAGCCGCCAACGUCCAGAACGUCCGACAGGGCAACGUCAUCAAAACGGCCAAGGGCCAGUACGUUCGCCACGUGAAGUUGACCAAGGCACAGAGACGCGAACGUGUACAACAGAAGAUCGCCAUGAUUGCGGAGCAGAUGGCUGAGGCAUAAGGACACUGUCCACAGUUGCACUUGUCGAAUUUCCCUUCUUUUCAUAGGAUUUCCGGAAAGACGAAGGAAGCUUUGCUGGUUUCGGGGGGCGGUUGUUUCUAACGUUAAAGACGGAAGGGCGGGAGUAUAGACACUCUCCACUCUUAGGUGCAGGCGUUUCCCUAUCCGCAGUUGGGGGAGCUAUCAGAUGCGGUGCUUCUGGGCUUUUCCGUGUUCAUGUUAUGAGUUUGUUCUUUAAGCUCUCGGGAAGGGGGACAUCGCGUUUUUCUGGAGGGAUGGCUCGAAGGGCUGAAAUAUGUGUCCCUGAUUCGUACACUGAUGCGAUGAACAGAUAAGCGGCAUGGUGGAACCCCAACGACGACUGUCUCUUGAAAAGAAGAAACACCUUCUCCUUUUCACUUUUUCUGUUAUCUCUUGGUGGCUCCCGCGCUGUCAAUGCCGGACUGUCACUCUCGGGUGCCAUGGCACCCGUCCAAUACCCUUUCCGAAUAUUCACUCAGCACCCUAGGAAGGGCAGAUGCGUCGGUUCUUGUUACGAAUAAGGGUCGCUUUGUCUUUCAGCAGGUACAGAAGUCUUGCGCUCCGUAAGCACAGUACAGUAAGUUUCAUCCGCGAUUCCUCUGUCGCGCCUGGUCACAAGUCACUUACGUAAAUGUCCCUAAAUUAGUUUAUGUCAGCUGUAGCUCCACUCCGCGAUGCGCACGUGCCUUCGACGUGUUGUGCGUGUUUCCCGGUUUUGUGUGAGGUGCACCUCGGCCCCCUUUGGGUUUCCCGUCCUUCGCCUCCGUGGCACAAAUAACAUGUCAAUCCCCCAUUAGCACCGAGUGGUCAAGUGACUAUUCCUUUAGUCACCGUCCUUCCGGUUGCCAAGUUCGAUUGACAGAAUGAUUCGAGGCCUCCCAGACUCCCUUCUGGGAAUUCUGGGAUGCUUUCGACAAGGCAGUGGAUUCGAGGCCUGAACUAUGAAAGCGAGAUUGUCUUCUUUCAUGCAGCCACAGCUGUCACAGGAUCAAAUCGACCGUGUGGAAUUCCUUUCGGUGUAUUUGGUGCGGGUGUCCACAUUUGUUUCCAUCACGUUUGUUAAUAUGCUUUGCCAAUGCUUCCGUUCGUCUCGUGUGAGUCCUAGUGCCCUUGAGAGGAAUCAUGAUGAUCCAAAACGGAUUUUAUAAAUGGGUAAUUUGCGUCUGACGCUUCUGAUGCUACAAUCCAAUAUUCUGAUUUCCCCUCUUCGUUGUCAACCGUGAUCGUUCUCUUGUCGGUUUCGUAUCUUAUGUUUCACCUCAUGUAUCUCCUCUGUUGCUUGCUGCGGCUCCGUUCUCGCGGCGGCCUGCAGUAGGUGCAUCAGGCGGCCGUCUUCGAGGUUAGACUGCGAGCAUUGAAGGUGCCUAUGCGCUUCUGGCCCGCCUCCGACUUCGUGUUCGGAAAGCGAAUCAAUGGCGUGCACUUCCGGUGUCAACAGUCACGAUUGUCUCGUCUGGGAUUCGUCAGUAGUGUUUCGUGUGUUGCGUUCCUGUCUCGUAUCUGCUGUUGUCUAUGAGAACGUUUCUCCUUGUUUAGUUUUACCCUGUCUUCAUGGUGCCAUUGACUGAUGACCUAGUUCUACCCCUGACACCUCUUGAUUGAGUCGGUGGCGUGGGCUCGCUCGCGCCGUCCCUGAUCGGAAAAAUGAACGAAGUGUCUGACCUUUGGCCACCAAGUUUUGUGUAAACGUUCUCAGAGCAGUCAAAACCAGAACUUAGUGAUGAGACGUUUCUUUACCAUCUUUCGGGGCAGAUGGAGGCCCUCGUGGGUCUUAAUGUUGAUUACUACUUCCAUGACUCUGACUUCUGGGACUGCUCAUACAUGGAGGCGUGCUGUUAUUUAGUCCACAAGUCCUUUGUGUGUUAGUGCUGCUAUGCUACUGCUUGCGUGUUUUAGAUCUGUUAUUUGUUCCAUCCAGUGAAGUCAGAAGCACCUGGUAUACAUUUGUCUGUACAGGUUGCUCUUGGGUCACUGGUAAAGCAUAGGCGGGGUGUUGUGUUAUUCAUCACAUGGGGGAGCUCUAAUACACUUGCUCCCCAUAUGAGUGGCUCUACCUCACACGAAUUUUUUUUCUGUUGCAUGCUCCCUGUGGAGGUUGCAAAUCCGUCUGUUUUCACGCUUCGUUUCCGUUAUACCUGCAGUAGCUUGACCUCAAGUCCUAUCUCGUCUGCCGUGUUUGCGUUUGAUAACCAACCAGUGCAGUUGAGAAACCAUCGCGAGGUUAGAUGGAAGCUGGCUACUUCGGCAUAGUUGGGGGGGCCUGCUUCUCACACGGGCCACCCUUGGAAAUCGUCGCCCAUAAAAGACACUUUCCAAAUAAAUGCGUCCUUUUCUGUCUAGCCACCAUAGCGGAUGAGAAUCUACCCAAAAUUAAGGAAGUGCCGUCUGAUCUGGUGCCUCCGGGUUACCUAGUUGAUGAGGGAACACUCUGAUACACUAAUGACACUUGGUGGCUAUUAUGAUUUUAUCGCUCUUAAUGGCCGUUUCUUCCGUGCGCUUAGUGGCUGUGUAUCAGCAGUCUUACUUCUCGUUGUUCCUUUCUACUGUGUAAUUCCCAGGGUUUACAUGUCGAUGUCUUCUUGGUGUUCCGUCAUGUUCAUAUGUAGUUCACGAGUGUGACACGUCGGACCGGGCGCAGGUGUUCGCGUUUACUCGUUAAAUGUAUGGGCAUCUGCAUCGCGCGUCGCACUUCUCGCGUGUUAGAAUAACCAUUUGAGGGAUAAAGUUGAGACCUAGCUCGCCUUUUUUUGGCAUUGCCUCGCUUUGUCUCCGUUCCCCCCUCUCACACGCGAAAUAAACUGUUGCUGAAUUUUGUCGUGGAUUUCAGUUGUAGAUGUCGGAAUAUCUGGUUGUGUUUUUGUGUGGAUGACGUGGUCUACGCGGCAGCUGGUGAUGAUUCUCUUAAUUGGUCUGUGUUUCUGAGAACACACAUGCGGCUAACAUAAACGAGUCUGACAGUCUGCCGAUCGCAAGUAACUCCGUUUGUUACAUGGAGGUUCUGGACGCGAAUUGCAACUGUUCAUCUAGCCCAGUGUUCAGUGUUUUUAUUACAUUCCAUCCGCUUGCCACCCCACGGGUACGGUCUGCUCGCACGUGCGACCAUUUGGUUGCUAUGUCAAACGACAAAUCGUGUGUCUGCAUCUAACCCACCCAUGGGAGACGGAUUUUUCUUUUGUCGCCCGCAGUGCUCGGUGCGUCUGCGCAAACAAGUGGGCACUGCGUUGAAUCUCAAGAGGACACUCAGCUUUGUUCGUCAAGAAGUGCGUGCCAACUUGAUUGAGGUGUCUGUGUGCGAAGAUGCGCGUUUCUUGCGUAGAACUCUUUUGUCAUACGAUGAAUGUGCUGAUCAGUGUGGUGUGUGUCCGUAAUAUGCGUGGAAAAUGGAAUGUGCCGAGGAUGAUUCAAGUUCUACAAUCACGACGGUCUGCUGACUUGUGGGCCCCAAGACAUUGGUGGCUUUCAAUGGAGAGAGUAGAACUUACUGACAGAACACUUUCCAGCUCCUGUUGCACCCACGUUCGUUUCUUUGGUGCCCGACACGUUUUAUGUGCUGUGAAAGCCAACUGAUUUCUUCUGGAUAAACGCAUAUCGGCAAUUACGAAACGGAACCAAAGAGUAGGUUCUGUCGGCGAAGUUCGAGACGUUCGCCUUUUCAGUGACGCGAGCUGCGGAUCUAGUGAUGACCAUCUUAGGACACCCACGACACAUAUUUGUGUAUGAGUUGCCUAUGUUAUUCGUACUGCCUGAAAAGAUCCCGCAACUGCGUUCUGGACGAGGACCAACUUUGGGUUUGUUUCCAACCUCACAGAAGGAUGACGCAUUUGACCAUCAAAUUCUGAAUGGUAAACACCACGUGUGUUCAACCUUUACUGCUUACCAAAGCUGAUACUGUGGGGAACCAUUGUGGUUUGUUAUGUUGACAAGUGACAAUUCUAUUACUUAGUUGGCUUGUGUACAUAUUUGUCUGUUGGUCAAUGAUGAGGAGACGACCAUCAAAUUCUGAAUGGUGGACACACGAAUGUGGUCAACUCAACUGCUUACCAAAACUGAUAGUCGACACUGUGGAAGGUAAAAUGCUCUUGGGAUGCUUUUUUAUUUUGCAUAGUCGUACAAGCGUGAACCGGAGCACGUCGCCGACUGCUUGGAUUUAACCUCGUUGAACCAGGGGAAUGUCUGAUGAUGAAACUAUUCCACACAGACCUGUUCUGAAGUCAAGUACGGCUUAUGUGGAGAACAACAGCGCGAAUUCUCUGAUUUCAGUAGACUAUCCCCUGGUGCGUCUUCCGUUGUGUUACUUCUUUGUGUUCUAUCUGUUCUUGUUUGACGGGUGAGCUGCUGUCAGGUGGUCUUUUACGUAUGCUGUUCUGAACUGCGUGUCCAUGUGUCUCGAGUUCGUGUGGUGUGUGCUUUGCGGAUGUAAUCAGUGACACCUCUAACUACUUGGUAGCCAUAUGGCAUGCGUUGUUCAUUCUGUGGAAUUGGUGACUCGCAGAAGCUGCGGUUAUUUCCUACAGGUGUGGCCAUCUCAUUGGGCUAUGGUGCCGUGCAAAGUCUGAUGCGCGACAGCCAAAUCAGAGACGGCCAGAAUAUCAUUCCGAGUUAAUCGCAGGUGCCCCAAGCAUGCGGGCUCGGCUUCGGCAUGUAUGGGGUGUUUCUGUUUCAUGCCUCGGCGACAUCGUCAUACUGGGAUGUAGUGUCAUAUUUUGAAAAUCUCGUUUAUUCUGGGUGGUGAGUAUUGUGAAUGCGCUGGGCGAUCACUUUCGCACAUUUUUUUCAUUGUGCAGAGGUCAGGUUUCGUGGAAGUAGAACAGUGCUUGUGUUUCCGGUACCUUGUUGAAUGUACUAGUUAGAAUUUCUUAGCUACGUAUGGGGUGAGCAAAUGUAGCACACGCUUGAUAAUCAAUUGCCCAAGGUUUCUUCGUACCUUGCGGAUUAAAUGGCCCCAAGCGUAUAUCUAACGCCCCUCCAUAAUUCGUGUAGACGCUCGUGUCAUUCGUGUCCACACGGAACUCCGUGGUGCGACAGUAUCGGAUUUUUUGGAGGUGUUUGCUGGUAGAAAGCGGGACACAGUGAGCGGUAGCACGUGAAUAAUGAUCCUGUUGAUAUGUUGGCUGCAGCAAUGUAUGCCGUCACGGUUUGUGGACUGUCCGAUUCAUGCAUUCUGUUGUUACUGUGAUUUUGUAUCUUUCUGGAUGCGGUGCGUUUAGGUGUGUUGUUUGUCGGUGGGUUUUCACGUGUAACUGAAUUUGCACCGAUUUCGUCAUGUUCGUGCUAGUUUCCGGAAGUCAAUUUUUCCUUUUUAUUCGGUGGUGCCGGAUCGGUUUUCAGAUGUGUGGCUGCAGAGAGUUCGCUGAACGUUCGAUGCGACAGUCUUUGAUAUUGCCAAGUUUAUAGUGCCAAUUUACCACGUUUUAAAUAUGGGCUUAACGAGCAAGAGUACGCGUUUCACGUGUCUCGUUUUUAUAUAACGCUGAGAACGGCUGGUGUUUGCUGCUCAGCUUUGUUGUCCGUCUCGGCGGAAAGAUCUGCGGAGUAACACACUAUCGCUGAACGCUCACAUCAAGUCAUAAGGCGCACGUGAUCC